AUGAUGGAAGACACCAAAUUGACGGAUGAAAUCCUGAAUGCUGAACUGUUGAACGAGAACAACGAGCAGACUACCCUUCAGGGAGAAAUCGAAAAGAACAAGGAACUCAAUGGAGUGGUAAUUUUCGUGUAUCCUAAAGCAGACACACCAGGAUGUACAGAACAGGCCAAGUUGUUUAAGGAGAAGUUUGAGGAAUUCACAUCCAAUAACUAUGCCGUGUAUGGAUUAUCCGCUGAUUCAGCUGAUGCACAGCUAAAAUGGAAGGAAAAGUUGGAACUACCGUUUGGACUGCUCUGCGACGUGGAGAAGAAUGUUCUGAAACUAAUGGGAUUUCUGAAGGAGGACGAGCGAAUUGCCCGAUCACAUGUUGUAAUUAAGAAUGACUCUGUUGUGUCGUAUUUUAAAAAGGGAGUGAAGCCAGGGUUGUCCGCGGAGAACGUUUUGAAUUUUAUCACUAAAGGAGAGAAGGAAGAAGACGAGGUGGAGACGGACGCCAAGGCAGAUGGAGAGGAAGAAGAUGCAGCUGAAAAUGAUACGGAAGGUGUAAACGCUAAUGGAGAUGUGAAGGAAGAGGGUAAUGAGGAGGGAGAGGAAGGAGAUACCAAAGUGGAAGGAACAGAAGGUAAUGAAGAAGAAGGAGGAGAAAAUAACGGUCCUGAAGGGGAAGAAAAGAAUAAUGAAAAUGGCAAAGUGAAGACUGUUUCUUUUUCAUCCGCAUCGAAGAAAUCCAAAAGUGGUGCUUCGGCUGGAGGAAAUGUUGUAAAGAGCAAAAAGAAAAGCGCCAAGAAAAACAAUAAUGCAGUAAGCAAAAAUAGCAAAGCGGCAAAAAAAGGAAUGAGUGUGAAAAAGGAAAUAAAAAAAAAAGUGAACAACAAAGCACAACAACAGAAGAAGAAUGGAAAGGUGACAUCUAAAAAUAAACUUGUGAAAGGCAAAAUUGGAAACACGAAAAAAGGAGGCUCAGGCGGAAAUGUAAAGAAGGAAAACAAAAAAAACAAAAACAAUAAAAACGUGAAGAAUAACACAUCAAAGAACAACAAAAAUAACAAUAAGGGCAAUAAAAAUAUGAACAAGAAAAAUAUCAACAGCAAGGAUAAACAGAAAGGAGCCGGAGGAAAGAAUGACCAGAAGGGAAAAAUGAAAGCCAAAGGUGGAAAUGCGAAUGCAAAUAAAAAAUCUAUGAACAAUAAUAUGAACAAGGCGGGUGGAAAGAAAAACGUUAAGGGAAAGGAGAACAAUAAGAAAGUUGCCAACAAGAAAAUUGAUAAGAAGAAGGUGCAGGUGUCUAAGAAGAGCAACAAUGCCGGGGGAAGUAAAAACAAAAAUGCAAACAUGAGCAAGAGCAACGUGAAGAGCAAUAAAAACAUGAAGAAGGUGAUUAAGAAGAAGUGA